UACACCCCGGAGUGCGCAUGCGCGCUGGCGGGCGGCGUUAGCUGGCCGCCUUGGCAGCGACGGCGUCCUGCCCCGGCCGGCGGCCGCGAUGAUGUCGGCACCUGAGUGGGAGAAAAUAUAACAACACGGGAAGGCGGGCGGGCAUGGGCCACACACACACCACAAAAAAAAAAAAAAAAAAAAAAAAAAAAGAAAGAAAGUGUUCUCGGCUCUGCUCGGCGUGAAGACGGUUGCACUGGCUGACGCGAUGGUGGGAACGGGGCGGCCGUAAAGUGUCCACCAGCAUGUCCGGGACAGCCGACGGCGCGGACGGAGCAGUCUCCAAAGUGCAAGUGAAGAGGGAGAUCAAGACCAUCGUGGACAAUUUGGAGACCAUCCUGGGCGACCUGAAGGAUGUGGCCAAGGAGCUGAAAGAGGUGGUCCACGAUAUCGACACCUUGACGUGCGACUUGCAGCUGGAGGAGGACGGCCUGACGGACAGCUCCAAGACGGACACGCUCAACUCCAGCUCCAGUUCCACCGCCACCAUCACCACCGCGGCGUCCAGCCUGGAGAAGAUGAAGCUGCUCGCUGACGACUGCCUCUUUGUACCGCCGGCCCCCGUCGCCCCGAUCCUCGCCCUCCCUCCCGCGGUUCUGACCGUCCACAAGAAGGCGCACCCGCCCUUGCCGCCCCCCAGACUUACCUCGGCGAGAGCCGAGGAUUACGCCGGCAAGACGACGCCUCAGCCGACAUUUGUCCUAUCAGGGAAUCUAUCCAAGGCUAACGGAUCCUUACUGAAGAACGGGGGCGUUUUUUCGUUGAAACCGAACCGGGAUUUAUUCUCCCCGACGUCGUGUUUCAUUACCAAUGACGGCGGCGGUGUGCCGGAGUCGGGCCUGGUACCCACGCUCCCCAGGCCCAUGCCCCUUCUCCGCCACGAAAAGAACAAAUGCCCCAAGGCCCCCGGCAGGGAGCCCCGCGAGAGGGAGCGUGUCCGUUUCAGCGAGAAGGUCCAGUACCACGGCUACUGUCCGGACUGCGACCUCCAGUAUGACGUGGAUGACUCAGAGCUGCGCUUGCAGGCCGAGCUGAACGACAUGCGACUCAGCCCCGUGCACUGCUGCGCUCCUUCCUCCCCUCCUCCUCAUCCUCGCCAACUAAUGCUGGAAAACGGCGGCCUCUCGGUCAGCCACAGUUUUCCACCCAAGGCGAGCGCCCCCCCGCCGCCGCCUUGCGCGCCUCCCCGCUCGGGCGCCCUCAAACCCCAGAAAACCAUCCUCCGCAAAUCCACCACAACCACGGUUUGACGACCAGCCCCGUGACCCGUCUCAUCAUACGCAAACCUCGAGUCAUUCGUAGUCUUUUCUAUUAAGUGAGCGCCUGCUACUCCAGUCCAAUUUCGGGGGAUUAUUCAAACGGCGACGCUGGAAAACGGGAGACGGGGGAGGCGGAAUAGAGCACCGAGAGGGCCGCACCGCCGAUUCCGAGACGUACGCACACAGAUUUAGACCGAGCGCUGCCUCUGCAAACUCGUGUCAUUGGAUGACGUUUGAAAUGAAUGAACCAAUACAUGAUUUUAAAGAUGAUUGACGACCGACCUUUCCGAUAGCAACCUCAAGCUCCGUCCGCCUAGCCAUGUUCCACAAGCUUUCAAAAUGGCAAGUGAACAUAACAUGCUCCAAGUUGAUUUUCCAUCACGUAUUCCAGAUAAUAUUGGGGUAUGUUUUUUGCCAAAUGCCUCAGACUUGUCCGAGAGAGUUCUACAAAGAGGUCUCAACUAUUUCACGCAAGGAUAUGUACACGAAAUUAAGAGUUUGGACGGAGCAGGACGUUCCAGUGACGCUCAACAAACUUCCUAUAUUGAAAUCCAACUGGAUAAAAUAGUGGAAUCGUACUGCGCAUGUAAAGCAGGGUCCUUCUGAGACCCUUCAGCUAGACCUGCGAAGGACGCCGGACGGGGGAGGCGGGGCAUCCAUCUUAUUUUCGACGGAUAAACGCAGCCUUUGGAUUCCGAGCACCUGAAAUUAAAAAAAAAAAAAGAAAGAACUUCGAUGCAGGCACGGUGAAAUGAGGACUGAGGUGGGGGUUGUGCAGACAAAAUCUGUUGUAGUCCUCACAAAGUCGUGACGUUUUAUUGCAUUUGGACAGCUGCUACAGAAAAGAAUCCGAUUUUGAAUGAGACAAACGUCACGAGUUAUUUGUAACAAACGCAAUCACACAAAUGCCAAAUUUGCCCUCAAUUCUCAUCAUCGACAAGUCAGUCGUGAUAUUUGACUGCUGAUUGAACUAAUUGCACUUCAUCCAAGUAAGAAACUGACUCAAGGUGCCUUCGCUUCCAUCCAUUCGUAUUCACAGAAGUGACGUUAGUCAGUGAACCUGACGAGGAAAUGGAUUGGAUGGAAACGUAACGACAUAACAAACAAGAACCUUUUUUUAAAUUUGGAAUGGUAACGAAAAGAGUUCAAAGGCCGAACCUGUUCGGUGACUGGUGGAUCGACAAUGAACGACAUCUUUGUCAAAGCAAGAACAGGGUUAAUCUUGGAUUGUAACUUUGUGGCUUAAGAGCGCCAAGGUAGGUGAAGUCAUGCUUUCGAACAAAAACGUCAUUGAUUUUGAAUGACUGCAAAAUACAAAUCGGUUCAGGUUCCUUGUGACCGAUCCAACGCUAACAAUGUUUAAGUGAAUUUUGCGUGGUCCAGGAAAGAAACUUAUUGAAUUUGGUACUCGUCCUUGUUGGGCUGGCUCAAUUCUCAACCAGCCUUGUCCCAAACUUUUCACACUAAAGCAAGAAUAGUCUGCCGGAUCGGUGCGACUUUGUGGAGACUACGCAGUGACGUGGGCCUCAGUUUCUUGGUUGACACGACGCUUCAUAAUAGUCAACAGGAGGACAUUUUAGAUCUGGAAAUUGGCCUUAAAGAAGUACAAGUGUGUGUUUGUGCUUGUUUUGAGCUGUGGGCCUAUUCCCUGCUUGACUGAAGCCAGGUAAAAAUGAUGUCCUGUCCGUUUGCACCAUUUGUCCCAGACAAUGUGUUCAGCAGCCAGCUCACUGUUAUGGACACUGAUUUUGGAGCAAGUAUUAAUUGGCAUCAAAUGUUCCUUUCUAGACAAAUCUUCAUGAGUACGUUUGAUACACAUUAUCUCUAGAUUUCAGGCCUUUUUUUUUUUUUUUAAACAGAGACUUUUAACAUUUGAAUAGAGGAUAUUUUUGAUAUGGUGUCUGACGACUGAGAAGUGUCGAUAACGAAGCGCUAUCGCCGAGAGACACUUCACAGACGGAGCCGCGUUGGGCGAACCAGCGCAAAGAAUAUCAAUUGUGCGCGGAGAGAACGCAUUGUGCUGCCACUGAAAGCGAGCGCUCACGUUUUCCUUCAUCCUGUCUUUUUCUAAGCAAUUUUUUCCCCCCUCGGCGCCGUCUUUUACUCACACUGCCGGCUUGAUAACAGAUGGUACAAUGUCAUUCGUUUCAGUGCAGUGGAACCUCUCACGUCCUGGAGGUCACACAAUUUGGAAUUUGACUGACAACCUCAAGUUGCAGUCGUGUUGUUCAGUGCUGAAGGUGCCUGGGUGUUCAGCGUACUGGCCCAAUAAGCGAGGUAACGACCCUUAGUCGUGUUCCUGCAAAGGUUCCUCGUUCCUAGUAGAGUACCUGCUGUUGAAAUGUGUCAGUUGUUGUUGCGAGAAACGUGCCUCUAAAGUCACAAGUCUCAAUCCUGAGAGACGUCAACGUAUCGUACAUUAUCUCAACUCUGCAAGGACCAGGGCGUGUGGUUUGCUUAUUCUGUGAGAAUGGAUUUGUGUAGACUCUGUCAUCCACGUCACGGUAAUGUGGAAAGGUCGAAGAAUUGAGUCAAGUGGACUCUUGAAUGUUGACGAGGUUCCACGAGCAAACUCAACAAUGUUGUUUCUGCGCCGCAUUGUGUCGCAAAACGCACUCCAACAACUUUUACAUUGGAGAGAGACCAAGCAGCCUUUACACAAACUCGCGGCGCAACAUCGGCGAGCAGCUUCUUCAGGCCCAGAGUCGGCAUUUCUUUCGCAUCUCAAGAGAUUUCUUUGAGGAGGACGAUGUCCAAGUUCAGCGUAGGGAGGAAAAGAAAUUUAUGUCAAACAAACAUUUUCGAUGGCAUCAGCAAUCAUCUCCUUACAACAAUUUCCUGACAUCUGUGAAUAUUCACAGGAAGAGUGACGGUUCACAAGAUGGCCGGUGAAGGACCAGUUGGUCUACAACACCAAGGGAGCAAACGCACGGGGGGACACAAAUAGAAAGAUUCCACAGUUAAAAGUUUAGAAAUGGAUCAAGGUCAAACAGAUGCAGGACAAAAGAAGACUUCUCAGUUCAACCUUUGCGGACUCGCCUAAAAGAACCGUCCCACAGACUCCAGGCGGAUCGUGUCCCUCACUGUGUCUCAGUGCAGCAAGUCUCAAAUGAAGUACUCCGGAUUCUUCUUUUCCGACAAUUAUUCCAAAAGACGCAAAGUACGAUAUACACUGGAGAUGUCGUGAAAUCAGCGAACUUCAAUUCAAAUUCACGUUAAUAUCUUUUUAGAUUCGUGACAGCUAAAAACGUUCCAGAAUGUGUGCUGCUAGCCACCCUGUUAGGCCUUCAGUAAAAGCUAAAGAGGACAUAUUUGGCGGUUUUGAGACAUGCUGAAAGUGACCUACUGUAUACCCAAGCCCAUACCCACGUUGCCGACUUUCGUUACCAGGACCACCUGGCCCCAGAAGAACCUUGGCCACAGCCCCGCCUACUGGAAAAGCGAGCGGCGAUUAGCGAGUCGAUUAAAAAAAAAAAAAAAAAAAAGGAGGUCGAAGUUCAUUGCGCGUAGAUUCAGCGCCAAACUCGAAUCGGAUCGCGCUCGUCCUCAGAGGUUCCACUGAAUUGGAGGUCCGUCAAGCUUUGCUACAAAAAUCCGUUUCUCAGUCCAUCCUAGCAAUGGACAUUAAAUAUACAAAAAGGUUGUUCGUAUGAAAAGUCAUUUGGAAUGAGUCAAGGUGAGGCUGCUGUAAAUUUCACUCAAUAAAAGUUUCAUUUACCCAGUUUUUCUUCCCACACGUGAGUUUGUCUAGAUUCAAAGAAAUCUGUGAUCAAUUUCUACUGUUCGUCUUUGUCAAUGGAUGGAAACGAGAUUAUGAGAAUUAAACCCUUUGCACUCGA